AGCGUUUCUUGCAAGCCUCCCCGAUGGCUUCCGGCGCCAGCCAAAUCCCCCAGCCCCGGACUUGCAACGGGGCUUCGGGAGCGCGUCCUGCGCGCAGCUCGUCGGAAGAAAGCGACCCGGACCUGCAGGUGAAAAUGUGCAAGAAGAUCGCCCAGCUCACAAAGGUGAUCUAUGCCUUGAACACUAAAAAUGAUGAGCAUGAGGCCAGCAUCCAAGCACUCAAAGAGGCCCACCAAGAAGAGAUUCAGCACAUCCUCGAUGAGACAAGGGAAACUGUCCUCCAGUACAAAAGCAAAGUGGAGGAAGCAGAGAAGCUCCAGAAGCACAUCCAGGCCCUCGAAGAAACUUUGGAAGAACACAGGAGGCUGAAAGAGGAGGUACCUUCAGAAUUCACCAUGUGCAAAAGGCAGAUAGGAGAGAGGGGACCACAAAGAGAGGACAAUCUAGUAGGUGAGAAGGUUGCCCUCUCCAAGCAGAUGGCACACACCAAGCUCAGCUUCGAAAAUGGAAUCCAGUCUUCGAGUGAGGAGUCCAAGGAGCUUGUCAACAAACACUGGGCAUUUACAGGAGACAUGCUGGAUUGCAAGGAGGAGUUAAGCAAAAAGGCCAGUGUGGAAAUACAGGCAGCCCACCUCAAGUGGGAGAACCAGAAACUCGUCUGUGAAUUUGCCGAGAACGUCAGGCAGCUCCAAGCCUCCCACGAGAGGGAGAAAGAAACUUGGGGAAAGACCAUGCAGCAGUCCCUGGCUGAGUCAUGCAGAGAAUGGCAGCAAAGGGAACUGGAGCAGAGGAAAAAUUACGAGGCCCGAGAAGCUGCCUCCCAACAGCAGGUGAGGAAGCUGGAGGCUGAGCUGGUGGCAAAAGGCCAGCGAAUCUGUGAAAUGAAUAAGUGUUGCCAGAAGCUGAAGGAGAAGAUGCAGGACCUGGAAAUUCGGCUCAGGGAGGCCCAAAAGUCAAAAAGUCUCACAAAAGAACUGGAGGAGGAGCUGAUUAUUGCCAAAGAGAGGCUUCUGUUGCGAGAAAAUGAAAUACUGCAUAAAACAGAAGCAACGGAAACGGUGCAGAAUUCCCAAAGCAAGAGCAGGAGCGAAGCGGAUGAACUGAAGAAUCAGAUCUUACCCCUUCAGCAAGCAGCAGCCACCCAACAGAGCCAAGGCAAGCAAGGCGGUGGAGACGUUCAGCCCAGAGUAACGGCAGGUCUGGAAAAAGACGCCGUCAAGCCGCAGCACAGGGAAGAGUCCCGCAAAACCAAACACGAGCCAGGCGUGGAGAAGGUUCGUUUGAAAGCGCAGCUGGUGAAAGGUCUGGAAGACCUUGUAAAGAAGCACAGCCUUGAAAUCAAAUCAGCCCAGGCCUCCAUGGACGCCGAGAGAAAAAAACUGCACAAGGAGGCUCAGAUACAGAUAGAGGAAUUAAAAAAGAAAUAUGAGAAUGAUAUAAGACAGCUACAAAAGGAAAAAGAAGCAAUAAAUGGAAAGCUAGAAGACUGUUCUCUGGAGGUUUUAAGGCUAGAGAAUUUCAUCAGGCAAAACCGAGACAUCCCCAAAUACGCCGAAUUUCUUAAAUCUCAUGCCAGAAAAACCCAUGAGCGGCAACAGGAGUCCCAGGACGCAUUUGUAAAACAGAAAGACAUCGCCAAACAGCAUAAAGAGAGAGCAAAAAGCAGAGAACAGCCAUCAGCUCCUUCUGGUGCCAAAAAUGAAGAGAAGCCAAGGUUGGACUCUGGAGGUGCACCAAAAAGAGAAGUCAGGCAUACCCUUGCCGGUUUCCAGAAAGAGAAAGCCAAAGAAAUACAAGCUUUGCAAGAGGAAUGGUACUACCAAAAGACAGAAUUGCAAGCUCAAGUUGCACAGCUGAAGCAAGCUUUAGAGCAGCAAACCAGUGCUUUCAGGGAAGCCCUCGAAGAACAGGAGCUACUGUCCAGUAAGGAGAGGGAAAAGCUUCUGCAAGAUCUUCAGGACACCAUUAAGCAAAGCCAAGAUACUAAAAUGCAGUUGGAGGUGACUCACCAAAGAGCCAUAAAUCUCCUGGAGAAAAACAAAAACCAAGAGCUUGAGGAAGCAGAGGAGUCCUGGAAGCAGAAAUACAACGACGGCUUCAAUGUCCAACAGCAGUCGCACAGCCUGGAAAUGCAGGCAUUGGAAGAGAAGGCAAGAGAAGAGCUGGAGAGCAAACUUGAGAGGAUACAGAAGCCACAGUCACUGCUGAUAGAAUCUCUGAGAAGGGAGCUGUCUGAGCAACAGAUAAAGAAUAAAGAAAAGGAGGAACUCCAGGAGAAAUUGAAGGCUGUGAUGACUGCGAAGAGGCAGCAGGAAGAAAAUUGCCAGAAUCAGAUGAAGUCUCUUAAAGAUGAACUGGAAAAAUGUCAGCAUGAAAAUUCUGGGCUCAAAAAGGAGAAUGUCCUUCUUAAGGACACAAUGGAUCUGCUGACUGUCGAUGUGGAACUACAGAAACAAACUUCUGCACAGCUUCAAGACAAGGAGAGCCAGCAGAGAAGGUUAUUGGAAGAGGAGCUUAAAAUCAAACAUAAGAGGGAAAUGGACGCCUUGAAACAAGAACACCACAAGGAGAUUCAAAGCAUGAUGUCUGAUUUCAGUACUUCACAAGGCCUACUUCAUGCGAAGAUUGUCUCCUUGGAAAAUGAACUUAAAGAAUUAGAAGAGAGGGAGCGAAAGAGGGAGCCUAGGUUGGAAGACCUACAUCUUAUAGGCUGCCUGCGGGAUAAAUUACAUGAAAAAGAAGAGGUGAUCAAGGAAUUAAUGGAUGGGAGCAAACUUCAACAUUCACUUUUGCCCAGUAAAGAACCAUGUCGCAACCGAUCUUUUUCUUUUAACACAAACCCUACUACGUGUUUGACUCCUAUUGCAAAGCAGAAGAAAAUGAACGAAGCUCCCAGCCGCAUUGUCAGCGUUCCGAAUUUAGCUUCCUAUGCAAAAAGCUUUCUGAGUGGUGACUUGAGGCCUAAGAGAAAUCCACCUCACAUUACAAAAUCUACAAGUUUGGAUCAGAAUCCUGGCUGUGUCAGAGUGUGCUAUCCAUCAGUACAAGCCUUGGAGACCAAGCCAGCCCCAAGGCUGCAAAGUAAUGAAACAUCAGAACCCAAAGAUGCUCAGAAACCGGACCCUCGCCAUCAGGAGUGGUUUACGAAAUACUUCUCUUUCUGAGAGAAACUAUUUAUAGAAUAUCCUACACUGAUAGUACUGUUGAUGUUAAAUAUUUAUAUAGUGCUUUGCAGAAUAAGCAAGGUAACACAAGGACCAUAAACUCUGAGGUUUGUUAGUGAGAGAACCAUUAAAUUUGAUUUGACACAGCAGGGAAUGAACAUGA